CACGGUCUGUAUCGUGCGGUUUUCUCCAUUUAUUACAAACCGCGUAAAGCUGUGAGAUAUUGGAUGCAGUCCGGCGUACGGGAGGUUACCGGAGCUAAGCCGGGCCUAGCUCACGUUAGCUGCGGCUAGGCUAAGCUAACCGCCGUUAGCAACCCUGACCUGUCAAAAUGCUGGUUUAAAAAAGUCAGCCGGUUGCCUGGAAAGAUAUUAUCCACUGAACCUAAAAACUUGAUACUAUAAAUACUCAACAAUAUAAAAAUAAAUUGGAAAAAAGCCAAAACGUAAAUUGUCAGUUAACCUAUGUUCUCCAACGUUAAUGAAAAUCGGGCACAUCAGUAGCUCCUGACAACGGUCUGACUGACGCUCAGGUUGUUAUGGAGCAGCCACCUGGGAGCGUAGAUGAUCUGCAGCCGCAAGACCUCUCCGCCUCCAGCAUCCCCAACGUGAUCGACCUGACCAGGAAAGGCGAGGAAUGUGUCCUCAACCCCACGUCCCUCGAUGCCCUGCGGAUGGUCAAGAGCCCCGGCUGGUACCCAAACUCUGAGACUGGCAACCCCGGAUUACCCUUCUCGGAGACGGGCUCCUCGGACAUCACACUCCAAUCAGGGGAUCAAAUUCAACCAGACAAUGCCUUCUCCCGCACUACAGUCACCCUCUCCUACGUGAGCAGGUCUCGCGUCUUCCCCACUCCCCGAGACCCCCUGUCUCGGCACUCUUCUCUGUGCGGCGUGCCGCCCAUUAGCAAGUUUUCCCUCCACCCUCCUUGUGACUCAGAUGAAGGGCUAGGGGAGACCGGCUAUGUGCUCAACCAGCAUUACUCGGAGCAGGUUGACGGGCCUGUGGACCUCGCCACUCAGACAGAACUUUUUCAGUCUCAGGCUCAGGUGGGACCAGAGGGCGAUGGGGGAGUGUGUCUAACACAGGAGCCCCAUGAAGUCAAUGGUGGAGUCAUUUCCAGAGGUGGGGACGUGGAUGAGUUUGUGCAAAGCCAAGGGGAACAUGGACUUUCUCGGGAAAACAGUAAGGGCUUGGAGAACGGUCAGGGCGACAGCUGGUCGAGUUCAGGAGUGUGUGCCGAAUCCUCCCCGGAAACACUCACCCCUGCCACAGGGGAGGACGAGGAGACGGGGGACCCUGAGGUGCUCUUUGUCAUGUCCAAGAAAGCGGACCCAGUGGUUGUCCCAGACAGCGUGGGUUCUAGAGACCUGAGUUCACUGAGCCGGGAGUACGUGAGUCCUCUGGAGGACCCCGUCUCCCCCUCCGCUACCUCACAGGACGACGUGGAGGAUGUGUUCGUCCUGCCUCAGGCCUCCAGCUCACCCAGCGGCGACAACUCUUAUCUAGAGACAACUGAUGAGGUUGCGUGGGACGGCGUGAGCACAGAGGGGGCCAUUCAGCCGGCCUCUGGCACCAGCGACAGCACCACGAGGUUAGAUUCAAGGCAUGAAAAUAAGCAGCCUGUCCGGACACGGAAGGCGGCGUUGGAACCUUUGAUUGACUUAACAGAUGACGUUUGUGCGUUGGAUGUUUCGGAAAACAAACCCAAGACUGUCGUUCCUCACAUGAACGGGAAUGCCAAGGCACUACAGAGAACUUUAAAAGAAAAGAAACUGCCAGCGCGUUUGGGCAGAGGGACGCGGUUAGAGGCCAUAGUUAUGAACAUAAAUUCAAGCAGGUAUAAAGUGUCAGGAUGCAUACGCACCAAUAAGAAGGCUUCCCAGUCGACAGCUAGUGAUUCUAAGUUAGUGGGUGCUAAAAGGAAUGACACCCUGUCGUCGGGGAAAAGGACAAACAGAGCGAAAGCAGUGAAACAAAAAGCAAUUCCAGUGAGGAGGGGUAAAACGAAUAACACUGACAGCUGCAAAGACUCUACCUCUGAUUCUGAAAUCAAUAAAAAGUCACAUAGCAGCACACCUCCAGGAAGCCCGCAGUUUGUCGGGCUUAAAAAGUCGAAGAAGGAGCCAGAGCAGCUUUCUCGCCCUGACUCCUCGGUGGAAGUUCAUGUAGAGAGAUUUUCCCCACCACCGCCAACACCACCACCUUCGAAAUCUCCGAAGGAAAGCCGAGGCAAAUCCAAAAGUAAGGCUACAGGUAGCAAAACAUCUCCCACUGCCAAGACAAAGAGGGCUCGCACUCCCAAGAGCAGGCGAAAGAAACGCAAGCAGAGCCAGUCUUCUUCCAUGUUCUCCCCCAAGGAGCCGGAGAUCAAACUGAGGUACGUCAACUACAAGGAGGAGAAAAGGGACCUGAGGUUGGACAGUUUCUCCCCGUUCAUCCGCGUAGAGCGCCAGCAGUCUUCGCCAUCACUGUGUACUGUAAUCAACUACCCCGAGGAGGAGAGGACGCAACACAAGAAGGGCCAGCAGCAGCAGACUCACCCGGGUGGCUUUAUUUCUGCGGUCGUACCCAGCACUUCCUGUCUGCAGCUGGGCCGGGUGUCCAUGCACAGCCAACACCAGCGCUCUCUGGUCUGCUGCCUGUGUGGGCUGUCAGCCAAUGCCAUGGACCUGGGGGACCUCCACGGCCCCUAUUACCCUGAAGGAUACCAGCCAAGCACCAAAACACCAGCCAGCUCGUCGGGCCUCAAAGCGGACGGAGAGGACUUUAGCGACUCGGACUCUUCGGCCUGUAGUGUCAGAGGCAGGGGAGGGAAACGUGCCAUCAUGCCACGGCCUCCCAGGCCAGGAGGCCGGCUCAAUGAGAAGGGCCUUCCCGAGUGCCAGAGGUGGUCCGGUGACGGCACCAGCAGCCCCGCAGCUAAACGUGCUCGGUCAGGUGUUGGCUCCGCCGACGUGGAGGACUGGUACAGCCCCCCUGUGCUGCCUCUGGAGCUCUGCGAAUACUGGCUCCACGAAGACUGCGGCAUCUGGUCUGCAGGCGUGUUCCUCGUGAAGGGCAAAGUGUAUGGACUGGAGGAGGCCGUGAAGGUGGCCCAGGAGACGAUGUGUUCGGCGUGCCGUGACCCAGGCGCUACCCUGGGCUGCUUCUUCAAAGGGUGUCCCAACAAGUACCACUACAGGUGUGCUCUGGAGUCAGCAGACUGUGUACUCAUUGAAGAAAACUUCUCCAUGAAAUGUAAAAAGCACAAGAACAAGACAUUCAAAGCCCCUCCAGGGACCCGAUGGGACGACAGGUGACGAAGUUAGCAGACACCUUGUGAGAAAUUCACCUGCAACAUCCUGCAGGGGCUCUACUAUCCCCUUUUUGCUAGUAACCAUGGCAACUGCAGACCGGGGGUUCUUCUGACUGACAGCUAGCACCCGUAAACCUUAACUUCACCCUCUGCUCUUCAACUGCACUGUUAACCCCUCCUCGACACUGACGUGACCGGAGGAGCCCGGUCACCGUAAACCCCCCCUGCCCAGGUCGUCAUCAGACAGUGAGACCUGCAGGCCGGGGAGGAGAUCAGCUUCUCAUUAAGUAACAUGCUGAGUUUGUGUUAUCACUUUGUAGUUAUUUAUAUGAAUUUUUUUCCUGGAUGAAAUAAUAACAAUCAAAGAUAUUUAAUUUUUCUUUUUUUUUAAGAUUUUGUAAGUAUUUGAUUAUAUUUGGUUUAUUUAUUCCUGGAGUUUUCUUAACGGUUUCUUUAGCAGAUGUCAAAGAUGUUCGAUUGUGUUUUUCUUUUUUUUAAGUUAUUCUAAAGCAGUUCAGUGUUUGAAAUAUCAAACCAGUCAGUGAGACGCUGGUUUUUAUUAAAAUAUGGGACAGAGGAAAGGGCUGGACGGUCGAGAUAUGACACUCGCGGAACAAGGUACCUUUUUUUUUUUUUUCCUCGGAUCAGAACACAUGGCGUUAACCUUUUAGUUUGACAGCGAGCGGUGCAAAAGUCUGAAGUUCCACCCAGGUGACACUGACUGAAUGUUGAGCUAAGUUGAAGGGCACUGAACAGCGUGUGUUUGAAUGUAUUCUCCCCUCCAUGUGUGUGUGAGGGAGUUUUUGCAGGAAGCACUUUGGAGAGGCUCUGAACACGCGUGCUCCGGCUGCAGUAUUACCUUCUUCAGCGUCCUCCUCCUUUUCCUCCUCCUCCUCUUCCUCUUCCUCCUCCUUCCUCCCCCCUCUAUUUUGUCAUUUGCUUCAGGCUUCACUCGUGUGGUUCUCUGAGGUUCACAUGUCAUCUGUGCGACACAGCUAACAUCAGGAUGAGACCAUGUGAUUUUUUUUUUUUUUUUUUUUUUUUGGCUUAAAGCACUUUGACCUUUUUAAACGUGCCCAUGUUGUGUUUGUCUGUGUGGCCCUUGAAUCAGCUGGUAUCUUAACUGAAUCUGAUUUGUUGAGAACCUGUUGGGGUGGUGGGUGGGGGGUUCCUUUCAAUGCAAGUCAUCUGUUUACUUGGACCUCUCAUCGUUUGGAGCUCCAAUCGUUUCUUUCCAUUCAGUUCCGUCCUCUGGACUUAGAGGACCACUCGAUUUCACCAGUGUCACUAAAGUUUGAGGAGGAUGUGUGUUUUCUAUGCUGACAUCUUUGGUUUACAUCCAUCUUAAUUACAACAGGCCAGGCUAGUAUUAAGACUCCUGACAUUUUUUUUCUCUUAACUUUGUGGGCCUAAAUUGGUGAAUCUCCACCAGAACCUUCUCUGAAGGGGAAAAAAAGCCUUAUCUGACACACAAGAGGUAAACCCAGUUCUUCAUAUUCUCACUAGCUUUUGGUGCAAUGACAAAUCAGUGAUGUACAUCACCUUCCUUUGGACAUCCUGAUGACUGAAGGCAGCUCGCGUGCACUUUCCUGCUGCUGCACACUUUUGUUACUGAUUAAAACCCGGGCCGAUUCCUAACCAACCCUCCGACCACGCAGGUAUGCACUGACUCUCUGGGACUCGUGUGAAACAGUGUAGUGAGAUUAGCUCCCAGCAUAUUAGUAUCUGUUCAAUCAGGUGACGAGGUCAGGGGCUUCAGCCUGUUUGUUU